AUGACAAAAUUCAAACGUUUUGAUCUACAAGGAAUUCGUGGAUUGGCCAUUCUUGCAGUUUUGGGUUUUCAUUUUUUUCCAGAUAUUUUUCCGAAUGGAUUUUUGGGAGUCGAUCAGUGAGUUAAAAAUAGGGCCUGUGGAAUGGAAAAAUUUUAGGAUGUGACAGCAUUACUCAGGUUACUGUAAGGUUUUUGAAAAAAAACUUUCAACAUGUUUUUGAUAGUAAUUUUGAGGAUUGUUGCGUCGAACUUUUUUUCAUGAUUCAGUUCUUUAAAAUAUUUCAGAUUCUUUGUAUUGUCUGGAUUUUUGAUGUGCAUGUUAUUAACAAAAUCCAAGAAUGAUUCGAAAUUUCAAGUUUUAUUCAUUUUCUAUUCUCGACGAUUUCGCAGAAUUCUUCCACUUUAUCAACUUGUUAUCUUCAUCUCUCUAAUAUUUCUUUAUUUCUAUUUUCCGGAUAAAACAAUUCAAGGAAUCAAUGAAUCUUCGGCUCAAAAUGCUAUUAUAUUUAUAUCAAACCAAAUGAAAAGUGAUGAAGAGAAUUAUUUUGAAAAACUUGCGAAUUCUGUGGAUCUUUUCACACAUACUUGGUCACUUUCGGUUGAAAUUCAAUUUUAUUUGAUUGCACCUUUCCUGUUUUUUAUGCCAUUUCGGAAUGUUUCGUUUUAUGCUAUUUUGUUGAGCAGUUUGUGGUAUUUUUUUACACUUCCGAAGAAUUUUGCAUUUUUCAAUGUUUUUGCGAGGAUUUGGCAAUUUAUGAUCGGUUGGUUUCUGGAAUCAGAUUUUUUUCAAAUUCUAGUAUUAUUUUUAGGAAUGAUAACCUAUAAUUUGAGCCAAAAAUAUUCUAAUAAAUAUCAGUUAUCGAACAGCGAGGAUUGUGAAAAACAGGAGCCUGAAAAAGAGAAAAACUAUCAAAUUGAAAAAUGGAGUUGGAUUUUACCUUCAAUUAUAUUAUUCAACAUUAUCGUGAUAUUCUUUCCGAUCCCAUUUACUGCGCAAAUUUCAAGGUAAACUUUAAAAAAGCAAAAUAGGUAACCGUCUAACCUAGGCCAGCGACGGCUCGCAUGGAACGCACGGCAGCUAGGCCAGGCACUCGAGAAAAUUGCUAAACUUUUGAGUUGAUAUUUCAACCUACAAAUUUUUGUAUAAACUGCAAAAAAAAUCGUGUUCAAAAUAACAAGAGAAUUUUUAAAGUUGAUUUUUCCUUUAAAAAAAACAGUAAAUUUUUUCGGAAAAGAAAAAGGAUUUGCCACGUGGAUUUUUUAAAUAAAAAUUCACUCGAUCGGAAAUUUUAAAAAUUAAAUUAAUUAUGGAUUUUCCAGACCGCUUAUCACCUUACUAACUGGAAUUGUAAUCCUAUCAUCAACUAGAGAUCAAUAUCUACUCUCAAAUAAAACUCUUGUUUACACCGGAGAUAUUUCAUAUUCCCUAUAUCUAAUUCAUUGGCCCAUUUAUUCCUAUUGGAAACUUUACGGUGAACAGAAUGAGCUUCUACUAAUUUGCUGUUUGGUUGCCUCUAUUCUCAUUUCAAUAUUAGUUUAUAAUAUUUUCGAAAAAUGGUAUAUCAAAUUGGAUAACUCUAGAGUUCUCCUUUUAUCGAUUCUUCUAAUUGUUGCUAACUUAUUAGUUUUGAACCGUGAAUCAAUAUCAGAUCAUCUAAAAUUUACACAGGGUGACGAUAAAUUUUCGAUAAGUUUGGACGACGUUGAAAAACAAAAUGGUGAAUGGGAUACUAAUGACAUCAAAAAUCUAGCUGUAAAAACAUGUUCUCAAGCAGUUGCUAAAAAAUAUUGUAACAAUACUGGAUUAGACCCGCAAAAUCCAUAUAAGAUAUUAUUGAUUGGAAAUAGUUGGACAAAAAAUCAUGGAAAUCUAUUUUAUCAAGAAUGCAAAAAUAAAAUGAAUACAAUGGUUAUUGGGUCGAAUACAGGUGAAUAAUAUAAUACUUGUGCCAAUGUCAUCAAAAUUUUUGCAGCUUGCGAACCGUUUCGUUUAUCCCGUGAAUGGAAAUGUAAACAAGAAGAUAUUGAUAUAACUGAACAACAAGUUCAGAAAAUGAAACCCGAUUAUUUAUUUCAUCUAACUCGACAUAUUUCAUACGGGGAGAAUUUUAAUGAAAGUUUAUCUUUUGAAAAUGAUGAAGUUUAUCAAAAAAUGUGGAAUCAAGCAAAAAAAUUGUUGAAAUUUGUUAAAAAGAAGAUGUAUUUAUUGAAUGCAAUUCCAACUGUAAAGAACAAUGAAAUCGUGAAAUUAGUGCAGUAUAUUAGAAAUAAUACGGAUCGUGUGGAAAUUGAUGUGAGUUUUGGAAUCUUGAAAAAUACAAAUCCUAGAAAAAAUGAUGACGUGACAGAGUUUCAAAAAAAGAAAAUUGUUUUUUUUUCAGAAAAAAAUCAUCGACCUAACAAAUUAUUCCGGAGCUCGAGCAAGAUAUUCACAAUUAUUGAAAGAUUGCGGUGAAAAAUGCGAACUUAUCGAUUAUCACGAUUUAUUCUAUCAAAAAGAUUCAAAAACAUUUAGGUUUUUUGAUGAAAACGGAUUCGAGUAUUUGACAAAGAUCUUGCAUUUAAGCCCGUUAGGAUUGGAAAAAGUUAGGCCGAUUUGGAAGACGAUUUGUGAUCAUUUAUAAAUUAAAAAAUAUUUAUUUAUGCACUAAUGUACAAAUAUUAUUGGAAAAAGCCCCAAAAUCACAGAAAAUUCAGACAUUUUUAUCAACAACCAGUGAAUAUUGAUCAACAACUGUCAAUUUUGCGUCACUCGUUGGAAUCAUUGACGCUCGCCGGUUUGAUAACAUUUUGCUAG